GUUAUUAAAAAUAAUUAUUGCAAAUAAAUUAAUAAAAAAGAAUAUUUUAUAUUUGUAAAAAUGGAUUUUACCGGAAAAGUUGCUUUAAUUACUGGCUCGUCUUCGGGUAUCGGCGAAGGGAUUGCCAUAAAGUUGUGGUCUUUGGGCGCAAAUGUUGUCAUCACUGGAAGGGAUAACAAACGGAUUCAAGAGGUGGUCAACAAAUGCCAGAAUCGGGACAAUCAGAGAGCACUCGGAGUGAGGACUGACUUAUUGGUGGACAAAGACAUCGAGGAAUUGGUGGCAAAGACUGUCGGAGAGUUCGGCAAAAUUGAUAUUCUGGUCAAUAACGCGGGUAUCGGCCCGACGACCACUUUUGGAACCCCGGGUUAUUUGGAGUCAUACGAUGUGGUUAUGAAUACAAACGUCCGAAGUAUUCAAGUGUUGACACAAUUAGUGAUUCCAUAUCUGGAGAAAACGAAUGGCAAUAUCGUUAACAUCUCGAGUGUGGCCGGACUUAAACCGCUACCAAUAGCGAUGGACUAUUGUAUGGCCAAAAGUGCCCUGGAUAUGUUUACUAAAUGCCUGGCACUGUAUUUAGGCCCGAAAGGAAUUCGCGUUAAUAGUGUUAAUCCGGCCGCUAUUCGGACCCCGAUUUUUGAAAGGAACUCAAGAAAUGUGGAUCUAUUAGCCAUAACUGAAGCCAAUUGUCAACAAAAGUAUCCGUUAAAACGUAUCGGAGAGCCCGAAGACGUGGCCUCAGCGGUGGCCUACUUGUGCUCACCCGCGGCCUCAUUCAUAACGGGUGCCAUUUUGCCCGUCGAUGGCGGCAGCCUUCGGGCCGACGACAUAUCAGUUGCAGCGAAGAAAUACAAUUAA